AUGCGAGUCUCGAGCUACUACCCCCUCAAGGCCUUCCCGCACCGCUAUGCUCAGAUGCUCGACUGCUAUCUCCAUGGCAUGCCGAUCUGCCAGUGUCCGACGAAAUGUGAUGGAUGUCAGCGCGAGCUCGAUCCCUCCGUUGCUGCACAUCAUCUCCAGACCUGCAAACGCCGAUCCUCCAAGCUUCCCACGGCGCAUGACAACCAUACUCGUACGAUUCGGUCGAUGCUCAGAACGAAGCUGGUACCCUCCCAUCCUCAUGGCCGCAAGAUGAAGGGCGAUAUCCACAUCCCUGGAAUCCGCGAUCGAGGGUCCGAGCAGUACGAGGGCUUGAUGGCGGACGUGACGUUGGUCCACCCUUACAUCGCGUCUGAGAAGAUUCGCAAACAUCGCGCUGCAUAUGCCAUGACUACUCCUCCUCGAGCGUUCAUCCCUCUUGCCAUCUCGACGGACGGUACCCUGCAUCCUGACACCCUCCGCUUCAUCUGGUAUCUGGCGGACAUCAUUGCUCAGCGCUCGAUGCCUCUUGAGGAUGCGGCGUUUGGUCGGCACUUCGUGCCUGAUGACGGCCCUGCUGCUGAGGUCUUGGCUCGCAAACGCGCCGCCACCUAUCAGCGCCUCACUAUGGGCCGGCGCGGAGCUGGCGAGGCGUCUCCGUCCCUCACUGUGACGUCGGGUGCCUCCGGAGAGCUCGACACCACUGGGGUGCUUGCUGCUGGUCCGAGCUCGCCUGCUUCCUCCCCGGCAUCGGUCGGGUCACGCCGGUCCUUGGGCAUUGCCGCGGCGUCGCCGCCGUCACGGGCGGCUACCGCUGACUCGGAGGCUAGCGAGGAGGACUACCUCGAGCGGUACCGUGUUCAUGUGUCCAGCCUCCCUCCGUCCGCUGCCCCAGGCGGACCCCCGGGCAGCUCCGGCUCCUUGUCGGCGGCUGCCCUUUCUCCGUCCGCGGCCGCCCGCUUUGUGGCGGCAGCGGACGUCUCGACUGACAGUGGUCAGUCGGCUGCCUCCGGGUAUCGCGUUUAG